CCUCCUUCUCCUCCUCCUUCUCCUCCUCCUCCUCCUCCGUCUCUUCCCACCACUCAUCCCGAAAAGCCAACCCAAGACGGUCUCCACGGCGGAGUCCUCUAAUCAUUUCUCCCUUCGCAUAAUGGAAACUGAAUUCAAACAGCUGUGGUGCGUCUGUCUCCGGUACUUUUCCGUUUUCACCGCGCCAGUAGCGUCUUUCUAACGUGUUUCUCCUCUUCGCUAAAUAACUUCUUCUUUUCUGGUGUUUCUUUUCCCCCCUCCUGAUACGAUUUCAAAAAUAUCCAAACCUAACUGACUCGUAACUAAACUGCUUUGGAAGAAGGUCGUUUUUGUUUUGGAUGGAGAAUCGAUGGUGAAUGAGCUGAAGCCAAGCUGGUUGUGAAGGUGCUGGACUUGUUCCCCCCUACACCCCAAGCCGGACUCAGCAUGGCGGCGGGAGUAGCGGCAUGGCUUCCCUUUGCCCGGGCAGCAGCGAUCGGCUGGAUGCCUGUGGCCAAUUUGCCUAUGCCAGUGGCGCCCACUGAGAAGAACAAGCGGCAGGAUGAGCUAAUCAUUCUCAAUGUCAGUGGACGGCGCUUUCAAACCUGGAGGAACACUCUAGACCGCUAUCCAGACACCCUGCUAGGGAGCUCAGAGAAGGAGUUCUUCUACAAUGAGGAGACCAAAGAGUACUUCUUUGACCGGGACCCUGACGUGUUCCGCAGCGUUCUCAACUUCUACCGCACAGGCAAGCUCCACUACCCACGCUAUGAGUGUAUCUCAUCCUAUGAUGAGGAACUGGCUUUCUUUGGCAUCGUCCCAGAGAUCAUCGGUGACUGCUGCUACGAAGAGUACAAGGACAGGAAGAGGGAGAAUGCUGAGCGUCUGAUGGAUGACCAGGAGGACAACAAGGAUGCUAAGCUGCCCAACAUGACCUUCAGGGAGACUAUGUGGCGGGCUUUUGAGAACCCCCACACUUCCACCAUGGCUCUUGUCUUCUACUAUGUCACUGGCUUCUUCAUUGCCGUCUCUGUCAUCACCAACGUGGUGGAGACGGUGCCUUGCGGCUCGGCGCCCAACCAGAAAGAGGUGCCAUGUGGCGAGCGCUACACCGUGGCCUUCUUCUGCAUGGACACGGCUUGCGUCAUGAUCUUCACCGUGGAGUACCUGAUGCGCUUGUUCGCUGCGCCCAGCCGCUACCGCUUCAUGAGGUCCGUCAUGAGCAUCAUCGAUGUGGUGGCCAUCUUGCCCUAUUACAUUGGCCUGGUGAUGACUGACAACGAGGACGUGAGUGGCGCAUUUGUGACGCUCCGUGUUUUCCGCGUGUUCCGCAUCUUUAAGUUCUCCCGUCACUCGCAGGGCCUACGCAUCCUGGGCUACACGCUGAAGAGCUGUGCCUCAGAGCUGGGCUUCCUGCUCUUCUCCCUCACUAUGGCCAUAAUUAUCUUUGCUACCGUCAUGUUCUACGCAGAGAAGGGUUCAAGCUCCAGCAAAUUCACCAGCAUCCCAGCCUCCUUCUGGUACACCAUCGUUACUAUGACAACACUUGGGUAUGGAGACAUGGUUCCUAAGACCAUCGCAGGGAAGAUCUUUGGCUCAAUCUGCUCUCUGAGUGGGGUGCUGGUAAUUGCCCUCCCUGUCCCUGUCAUCGUGUCCAACUUUAGCCGCAUCUAUCACCAGAAUCAGAGAGCAGACAAGCGGCGGGCGCAGAAGGUACAGAAAGCCCGUUUGGCCAGGAUACGAAUAUCCAAGACAGGAAGCUCCAAUGCCUUCCUGCACAGCAAGCGCAAUGGCCUGUUCAACGAAGCUCUGGAGUUCACACAACUUCCAUACAAGAUGAACCUUUCAGAUCAGAGUUCCACUGAGGAGGAGCAGCGGUUAAGCAAGUCUACCUCUCUAUUAGAGAGCCAGCACCACCACCUGUUGCACUGUCUGGAGAAAACCACUAACCACGAGUUUGUGGAUGAGCAGUAUUACCAGCAGAGCUACCUGGAGGCAGGGCUGCAGAAUUACCCGUCCCGAAGCCCCUCCCUCUCUAGCCAAGAUGGCAUGACGGGCACAUGCUGCACCCGCCGAAGCAAGAAGCACCACACCCCUUUACCGAAUGCCAGUGCCCCAGCACACAUGCAGCCUUUGACACAUACGCACGCACACCAACAAGGCUUGCAGGAGCUCAGCACCAUCCACAUCCAACCCCUCAGCACCAGCCGCUCCAGUCUGAACAUGCGUGUAGACGAGCCAGCACCCCUGAACUGCCAGAGCAGCCAGAUCACCACAGCAAUCAUCAGCAUUCCCACACCGCCAGUGACGACUCCUGAGGGCGAUGCUCAUCUGCCCGCGGGCCCCACCCACCAGAACGUUGUGAAGGUGUCCGCACUGUGAAGACUAGAGUGCAGGAGCACCACACAGAAAGACAGACAAAGACUCAUCGAGACAGACUGAGGGACAGAAGAGAACUGGGAAUGGUGGAGGAGAAGGCAUUUAGAGUCCUAGUCUGGCCAUGGUGGAGCCUGCCCUCUGCUGGUCAUGUACUGUAAUGACAUGGACUCCUUUCACAGACGGAGGAUGGCUUUUAGCUACAGCAUAUUCAUGUUAGUGGUCGGCGUGCAUGUGUGCGCGUAUGCAAUGCGAUAUGCGUGGGUGAAAGGGUGGGGGAAUGUGUGGAGGCAGUCGUUUUAGGCGAGGAGGCGUGUGAGAGUGUGCCUCCCAAGUGUCAGAGAUGAGUUCCCAGAGUAAGUCAUGUGUCACUGUGCACAAAGCACCUUUUUAUGAUUUUCGCUUCAGUUUGGCUCUUAUGUACUCUUUUAUUUUCUGCAGGAGAUAUAAGGGAAAAGGAAGGAAACUCAAAAGGGAAAGAAAAAAAGAAUAAUACAUAAUCAAAACUUUCAAUCAAAACCACCAAUUUAACCCCGCCCAUUCGUUUUGUGUCAUUUUGUCCCACUCACCUGUUGAUAGAUAAAUAUGCCACCAUUCAUUUUCAGGUCCAAUAUUAUUCCAGUUGAGUGAAAACUCUUUCAAAGAUGAAACGUGGUUGGUGUGUCUGUGAUGGCGUUACCAAUGAGUUUCAUAUUUGUGAAUGAAUGUACGUGAAUUUUUGCUAGAUAGAGGAAUUGUGACGUUUUGGAUAGGAGGUGUGUGUGUGUGUGUGUGUGUGUGAGAGAGAGUGUUUGAAUGUGUUUAUCUCAGUUGAUUGAAAACUUGUGUUUCAAUUCUUCUGAAAGUCUCUAUGGCUUAGUAUAUGGUAUAUUUGACUAGCUGCCACUCUGAAGGGUUCAUUGUAUGCAUUUCUGUCCUAAAUUCUCAGCUACAGGCCUUUUACACAAUAUGUGCCUGUUUUGCUGGAAUAAAAAAAGAGAUUUAUUUGUUUUUAUACUUUUCUGAAUCCUCCUUCCCCUGUUUUUUUUUCCCAUCUUUUGGCUGUUGCAGACCUCUAGCUAACAUAUUUCUCUAACAAAGAACACAAAAAAGUACAUUUUGAAUUCAAACCACAACAAUUAAAAGCACAAGGCAUUUCGCUGAGAAUUUCUGACAGGAAUCCGUCCUGAGCCCGGGUUCUUUGUGAAUAUUGUUAAUAGAAUAUUUUGUAAUAUUUCACCAUCGUUUGGCAGAACCAGUGAAGCUGUCUUCUCGUUCUCUCUUUCUCUCUCCCUCAGUCUGUCUUUCUCUCUUGCUCUCUCUGCAUUUUUCUCUCUCUCUCUCUCUCUCUCUCGUUGUUGUCCUGUUGUAUCCCUACCUCCUGUAUGAACAACAGUAUGCUUUCAGUAGCCUUUAUAGCUGUCAACGUUUUUUCUUCCCCAAACUCAGCGGGCAUUUUUUUCAAAGUUGUUCAGUAUGUGUACUCUAUGUGGUUAGGAAACUUGGUGUUUGUACUUUUUGUCCUCCUUGGUGUUUCAAAGGAUUUUAUUUUACUUUAUCUUCGGGAGAACUUAAAGCAGGGGAAGUCUGUUGUAACGGUGACCUCGGAGAUCCGGAGGACACUGGUUGAGCCAUCCACAGACCUCUGUCACCAAAAAAAAUAAAAAAAAAGACUAAAAAAAAAUAUAUAACUCUGUUCUCUGAACUCGCAGCCCCCAAAAUGUAACUUUAGUAUUACUUAUCAUCAAAUCCCAUCAAAGUUGACCUUUGUAACCAUGGACCCUGACCUUUUUAUCUCUAACCUCCUAGCUGAUGCCUCUGUUGGCCUUUUUCAUCUUGAAGGUCACUCUGCUUCCAACAGCUACACAGACAGUUAGGUCUGUCUUUAGGCCAAUGAGACCACUGCUUGGGUCUCACCAAAGCAGCUUUAGAAACAACAGACUAAGACCCAACCUCCGCUCCACAUAGAUGAAAUAAAAUGUUGAUCAAGAGCACACAGACAGGGCUAAAGAUGCACCGAUAUAUAUCAGCAUCCUGUCCAUAUCAACCAACAGCAUAUUUCAAAAGCAAUACUGGAUUUAGUCUAAUGUUAUGUAUGCCCAUGUAGCAGGUUUUUUUGUCUGUAGAAUUAGACUAUAUUUAAAAACAACUGUCGAACUAGCAGCAAAAUGUAUCAUGGUCUUUUUAGAAAAGUAUUUAAUUACCUUAAGAUGAAAAGCUUAACCAGUUUUACACAUGGAUUUGUACCAAGACUACAAAAACAAAAAACAAACAAAAAAAAAAACAAAAACAACAUAUCAUCAUCAUAUCAACCAAUAUGGCUGGAAAUGUAUGGCAUAAUUGGUACCGUAUCAGCUCAUCAUCACGUUAGACCCUAAGAUCCCUCAGACUCUUCUGUUGAGAUUCACCUCUCUCCGAUCCUAAGGACAGUAGCAACCCAAAGACAGACAGAAAACAUCCUGCGACGUUCAAACACGAUGAGUUUCACGUCCGACGUUCCUAGCAGUGACAUAGAACUAUUGCUGGUGAUUUAGUGUCGUACCCAGAGACAACUGCUGCCUAGAUCCAGUAUCAGUGUUUAGUCGAACUGUGCGCAAAUUUACCUUGAGUGAAAAGAAUAUAUUAACACAAGCACAGGCAAGCCAAGCUUUUUCAGUGUAAUUUCAAAAGUGGGGUCGAAGACAUUGACUUCAUAUUCACAGCACUGAGUCUAACAUUUACGAUCCAUUGAAAGGUCUAACAAGGGUAUGACAAAGGUAACAGCAGCAGCAAGGUUCCCUGUACUAUUUGUUGCUAGGAUAGUGAUUAUACGUGAUUUAUUUACCGCUUCCCUGUUUCAAGACAGGCUGUUUUGUGUCAGCUGCACUUUCAAAAUGACACGGUUUGAAUUGUUAUGUAAGGAUAUUUCCACUCAAAGUGUCAAAGGACUGCAUUUUUAUUUACAAACAACAAAAACAAAAGGUCUGUGAUUGUGUUUGUCUCUCUCUUUCUCUGUUCUCCUUUGAUUGUCUUUUUUCUGGGCUUGGUCGGUUUUCCUCUUACUCUUUGCUUUGCCCUCCUAUGCCACCUGUCAUUGUUGAGACUACUGCUGUGCGUAUCUUGUCAGGUGUUGGAUAUUAUUUAUGACCUUGUCUUGUGUCCCCACUGUGAAACGCCUGAUAAAACAUCUAUAUCUGCCACAAAUACAAAGUCUGUGAG